AUGGAUGACAAGAUCUUUUGGCAGAUACAAACAUUCAACCUGUCUUUGACACUGCCUGAUCCCACUGCCUCCAAUGCUUCCUUCCUCCCUUCCGAUGACCGGGAUGUGGCACUAGCCCAAGCAGAAGUUGCCAUCUUAGCCUCCAUCUUCCUGCUAGCUACUCUAAGCAAUGGGCUUGUCUUGGGAGCCCUCUUCCGCCGGGGCCACCGAGUCUCUCCUACACCAAUGCACUGCUUCAUCCGCCACCUCUGCCUGGCCGACCUGGCUGUGGCCCUCUUCCAGGUUCUCCCGCAGCUCAUCUGGGACAUAACGGACCGCUUCCAGGGCCCAGACAUCUUGUGCCGGGCUAUCACAUACUUGCAGGUGGUCGGCAUGUUUGCCUCAUCCUACAUCAUCGUGGCCAUGACAUAUGACCGCCACCGUGCCAUUUGCCAGCCUAUGUUGGCUUUCCGGAGGGGCCCAGGCACUUGGCACCAGCUGGUGGUGGUGGCCUGGACCGCCUCCUUCCUCCUCAGCCUCCCUCAGCUCUUCAUUUUCUCCAAAGUGGAACUGCCCAGUGGAGCUCAUGAGUGCUGGGCCACCUUUGCUGAGCCCUGGGGAGCCCGGGCCUAUGUCACAUGGGUGACCCUGAUGGUUUUCAUCCUUCCCACAGUCUUCAUCGCCACCUACCAGGGCAUGAUCUUCUGUGAGGUCCAUCGCAGCCUUCAGCUAGGGCCAGAGGGAGCACUGAAGGGCAGGGGGAGCCGGCGUGGGUCUUCUUCCAUAUCAUGUGCUGUGACCAAGACUCUCAAGAUGACGCUAGUCAUUGUGCUGACUUAUGUCUUUUGCUGGGCCCCUUUCUUCCUCGUCCAGCUUUGGUCGGUUUGGGAUCCACAGGCACCCAUUGAUGGUCCAGCUUUCACCCUCCUGAUGCUUGUCGCCAGCCUCAACAGCUGCACAAACCCCUGGGUCUAUGCCACCUUCAGCAACAGCAUCUCAAACGAAUUGUGCCAAAUCUUCUGUCCCCGGCUAGCCCGCCAGCGCAUGGGAUCCUUACACGAGGACUCUGCCCUCACAGCCUCCUUCUCCUUUGGACGGGACACAUUCUCCUGA